UUGAUUUCGUGUAGCAAAAAGUCCGGACGCGACAAGGAGGAAAGGGCUCGAAAACGGAGGAGCAAAGCUCUAGGGUCUGUGAUUCGUCACUUGGUUCGCAGAGGUGAGGUGAAGAGGAUCAGCGAGCUGAUCUAUGAGGAGACUCAGGGAGUUCUCGAGAUCUUCUUGGAGAAUUCCAUCCGCAAAUCUGUGACCUACAUGGAGCACACAUGGCGCAAGACAGUGACGGCGAUGUAUUUUGUAUAUUGUUACGCAGCAUCUGUGCAUGGUCAUGCACGUGCAUGUCCCAUAUGUUGA